CAGGAUGUUCUCAAUCAAGAAGGUUCAUUUCUAUUACAUCAGUGGUCUUGUAGUGACUGUGACUGUUUUGUACAUGAUAUUGUUGCAUCAAGGAAUCAUAGGACAAUAUAACUACAAAACUGAAAUAUAUCAUAAUCAUGAUAGGAAGUUUCCAUUGAAGGCUGAUGCCAUGAUUCCACACGUUAAUGUAUCAACCUCCUUCUCCUCAGAUGCUACAUCGUGUGUCAUUAGUAGUAUUAGCAAUGGACUAAUAUUAGACAAACAACGUCACAUACUCAUCAUUGGUGCAAUGAGUCUCAUUGGAGCUAGACUGACCAUGUACUUACAUGAAAGAGGAUAUCACGUGCUGGGAGUUGAAGAUAUGAUCAAUGUGAACAACGAUGAUAUGAAAUGGUAUCGAUGGUCUCAGUUAAUUGAUAACAGGAUACCAACACAAAUAGUUAAGCUGUCAAGAAAAGAGAGUCUGUUGUCAUUAUUGUCUCAUCAUUCUCCUCAAGCUGUCAUAUAUGUACCAACAAGAGUAGAUGGGAUGGAAAGAAAUGAUGACACUGUUCAUUCUGUAUUAAAGAACUUUGUGUUGUUAUUAAUGAAUAUGAAAUCCAAUCCACAAGUUGUGUUGGUCUCCUACUGGAAGACACUACUAGAAAAAGGAUGGUUGACAUCAUAUGAGACCAUUCUGUCAUCAGUGUACAGUCAGUCAUCAUCAGCUAUAGUUAGAGUGUCUAAUCUACAUGAACCAUUGGAAGACACUACUCAAUCAACUGGAGGACAAUGGUAUGUUAAUGACGUGUGCAGUAUUAUUGAGAAAGCACUGACUAGUAAACAGUACAUUUGGGACAUGAACCAAUGCACUAGCUUCACUGAUAAUAAACAAUAUCUUAUACCUAAUGACCACCUAGUAAGAACUGAUAAAUGGCUAGAAGAAUAUAAUAAAUAUAUUAAAAGAAAAACAAGAAAUGUAACACUUGGUGCUUACCUAUCCAAAGUCGGCAUGGCAUCUUUGUAUGGGAUCUUCCCAAUGGCAAACAAUGCUCAUUACUUCUUUUCUUGGUUCAAGAGUGCAAUGAAACAUGGCAUUGAUGUAGUAUUGUUUCAUGACAGCUUAAGCCAAUCUUUUAGUGACAGACUAAAGAAGGUCUACCAUAAAUCAGAAACUGUGCACAUAAAACCAGUUAGCAGCAUCAUCGCAAAUGAUCAAAGAUAUUUCUUCUUUUACGACUACCUACUCAAACAUCCAGAGAUAGACAUGCUCUUAGUCACAGAUAUAAGAGAUGUUACUUUUCGCAACAAUCCGGUACACAUUAUGACCGUCAUUGGUAAGGACAACUUUUUUGCCGGUUUUGACAUUCCAUUUAAUACUGACAUAAGAACCCAUCCACAAGGCGAAUUGGUACAGAGAUGUUUUCCACAUUACCCACAUGAUGAGGUGAAGAGGUCUUAUGGUGUUCUUAAUAAUGGAGUCCUUGGCGGAAAACGCUCCACACUGCUUACUGUCAUGGCCCGUUUGCUGCUCGAUAUAGAAACGUCAAAUCGCUUUGGCAACACAUGCUGUGACAUGCCUUCACUCCAGUAUAUACUACACAAUGUCUUCUUUGAAAAGACUUUUGUUGGCUAUCCGUACAACAGUGCCUUUUACACUCAGACUGUUGGUCCUAGGGGAUUAGCUAUUGAACAUAAACUGGAGUUUGGUUAGCAGAAGAGCUUAACAGCAUUAAUGACUUGAAACAAGCCUUCAUGCACAUGUAUAAUCAUAAUUAUGAAUCUUUUUGUUGACUAUUAUUAUGUUAAUGUAGGAUUAAAAAUCUUAAGUGAAA